AUGUCUACUAAAACUAAUAACAAAGAGAUUCUUGAUAGUAAGAAACUCUCGACAGUGACCAUUCAUGAGGCCUCUUCUCCAAUCCAUAUUAAAUUGGAUGGUUCUAAUUAUCGUGUUUGGUCAAAGAUUUUAGAGAUGCAUAUUACUGGCAGGAAGAAGAAGGGUUAUAUUACUGGAAGAAAGGUUGCACCUACAGAAGAUGAUCCGGGCUAUGAUGAAUGGGAAGCUGAAGAUGCCCUUGUCAAGUCUUGGCUUAUUAAUUCCAUGACUGAUAAUCUGAUGUCGCACUUUGUUCAGUGUGGGACAUCUAAAGAAGUUUGGGAUGCGGCUAAGAGGAGCUAUCUUGAUGUUUAUGACUCUUCCCAAGUAUAUGAACUGAUGAAGAGGUCAUUUCAAUUGCGUCAGGGUCUUGAUCACAGUUUGGAUCAAGUUAGCAGUCGUGUUUUGGCUACCUCCCCUUUACCAAGCUUAGAAGAAGCCUACUCUUUAGUUCGUCGUGAAGUGCAGAGACAAGUCACCAUGGGAACAGAAAAUCAUUCUGAGGCUUUAGCUCUAAUGAUCCAAAAGAGCACCUCUCAGGUGACUCCUUCUGUUCUUGUGAAUUCUACUGCUUCCAAUUCUCGCUUCUGCACUCAUUGCAAUAGUACCAGGCAUACAGUAGAUGUUUGUUGGAAGAAGCAUGGCUAUUCAGAGUGGUAUAAACUUAAACAAGCUGAGAAGAAAAAUAAGAAAUAUACUCAGAUUGUUGUUCCUAACACUUCUCCACCUUCUGCUUCUCAUGUUUCUCAAGUGUCUCCUCAAUAA